CUUUCUCAAAACAAGUUGUCAGACAAUCUGCCACCAUGUCAGAACUCUGUCUGUCAAUGGGGCUCAUCAUUGACACCUUUGAGAAGUACAGUAAAAAAGAAGGAGACAAACAAACUCUGACCAGAGGAGAACUUUCAGAGCUGCUCCACGAUCAAAUGCCCAUCGCUGAGUGUAAAUGCCAGCAUGAAGUAUGUGAGUUCUUCCAGAAGCUGGAUCAAGACAAGGAUGGGGUUGUUGAUUUUCAAGAAUUCAUGGCCUUGGUAUCAGUCCUCACCAUCAUCUGCAAGGGAAAAUAAAUAAUUUGGGCCACAUGUGUUUGUAACUCUUUACUGAAUAAAAAGA